AGUCGUCCACUGCGCUUGUGUACAGAUAGUAAACAAAGAUGGCAGCUUACCAAGCAAGGUUGAAGCAAUUUGAAGAUGUCCUGAAAGAAGAGGUGAUCGACUUAAAGAAUUUACGGAAGUUAUGUUUUAAUGGUUGUCCUUUUGAAUGUGGUUACAGAUCUGUUUGCUGGAAGCUGCUGCUGAAUUACCUUCCUUGUAAGAGAUGUGAAUGGAAUGAUUUUUUGAGCAAGCAGAGAAAGCUAUAUACACACUUUAUAGAUGAGAUGAUAGUAAAACCUGGACUGGAUGCUUCAACUGGAACACAUCAAGAUGAUCAUCCAUUAAAUCCAAAUCCGAACAGUAACUGGGGAACAUAUUUCAAAGACAAUGAUAUGUUAUUACAGAUUGACAAGGACUGCAGACGAUUAUGUCCAGAUUUAUUUUUCUUCCAAAAAGCGACAGAUUAUCCAUGCAAAGAUAUAAUACAUGCAGAUUCACGUGUGGAAACAUUACGCAAACGUGUAGAACAGUGUGUACUGCAAUCAGAAACCAUUAAAGUAGACAGGAAGGGCAAUUAUAAUAAAGUUUUAAGUAGAAGAAAAGUGAGUGAAGAAUACAUGGUAUUGCCUGAUGGUCAUGAAGCUCACUGGGAAGUUGUUGAAAGAAUAUUGUUUAUUUAUUCCAAAUUAAAUCCUGGUCAAGGAUAUGUACAGGGUAUGAAUGAGAUUGUCGGUCCAAUCUACUAUUGCUUUGCUGCUGACCCUAUAAAAGAAUGCAGAGAGAAUGCUGAGGCAGAUUCCUUCUUUUGUUUUAUGAAUUUGAUGUCAGAAAUUAGAGAUUUAUUUAUAAAGACAUUAGAUGCAGAUUCCCAAUGUGGAAUAGGUUAUAUGAUGCAACAUUUUUCUGACAUGUUACAAACAAGUGAUCAAAGACUCCACCAAAGAAUAGAGGAACUUAAUAUAAAACCACAAUUUUAUGCCUUUAGAUGGUUAACAUUACUCCUGUCACAAGAGUUUCCUCUUCCAGAUGUAAUGAGAAUAUGGGAUUCACUGUUUGCAGAUGACAGAAGGUUUCACUUUCUAAAAUGUAUAUGUUGUGCAAUGCUAAUAGAGGUACGGGAUGAAAUCAUACAAGGAGAUUUUCCUCAUGUGAUGAAAUUGAUACAGAAUGUUCAAGAUAAAGUAGACUUACAAAGAGUGAUAGCUAAAGCUACAGAGAUAAGAUAGCAUUAACCUAAACUUUAGUUAUUUCAGUUAUCUGUGAUAUAUAGGAGGGCAUUUGGAUUGAUUGCAAUAUUGAAUGAAGAAAGGAAAUGAAAAACCAUCAAGAUUAUCUCUUACUCUGAAAUGAACUGUGAAAGAAUAGUGCAUCAGACAUCAUCAUUCUUAUUUUCAUUACAGCAUUAUUUUAACCAAAUAAAUUUUAUUUCUUGAA